CCUCUUGUCUCGUCCCAUGAAAUGCCAAAACUCGAUAAGCCCCUGAAAGCUCAGUGAACAGAAAAUCUCCCGCUGCUGGCACGGAACCGUGACUUUGACCGUAUCCCCAUUCCCUUCAGCAUUGUUGGGCCAGAAGGCUAUUGUUGGCGGUUCGAGUAUUGAGACCAGUACGAGUGGUGGGAAGCAUCUUAGGCUCGGGAUUCGAUUAUAAGUAAAAUCCGCUCUUUCCCUUUGCCCGCGUCCUCAGUCGAUCCCCUUUUCAUUUAUUCUUACUCACCUGAAAAAUUGAUAUUGAAGGAGCUAAAUCAUAUUCCAGUUCAAUGCCAGCCGCAAUUUUCGUCAUCGGUGCUGGUCCUCAAAUUGCGAACGCAGUCGCUACUUUAUUCGUCAAACAAGCCGGGUUCUCCGUCGGUCUAUCCUCCCGCUCAGCCACAAACCUAGAGAGAUACAAAUCUCUCCUCCCAGAAGGAACAAAAGUCGCAACAGCCGUAGCAGACGCGAAUGAUCCUGCUUCGUGUGUUCGUGCCCUCGAACACCUCAAAUCUACCCUCGGCCCACCCUCCGCAAUCCUCUACAACGCCAGUUCUCUUUCCCUCGGUAAAAAGCCGAUUUUAGAAUAUAAACCCGAGGAUAUGGAAAAGCAUCUUCGGACAAGCGCAGUUUCAGGGUUUACAGUACUCCAAUGGGGAGUAAACAACGUUGUAAAGGACGAAGAAGGACGGUCGGCGCUUCUCGUCACUGGAGGUGGCCUUUCGUUUCAGCCACGAGAUGGAUUGUCGGGUUUAGCCGCAGGGAAAGCAAGCUUGUUGAACAUCUGUAAAGCCUUCCGAGUCGAAUGUCCUCAAAUCCACGUAGCAACAGUCAUCGUAAAGGGAUUCGUUGAUAAAGGCGACCCAUAUUAUGCUUCUUCAGUCAUUGCGGAAGAGUAUUGGAAGCUCUACGCUCAGAAGGAGGAUGAAUGGGUAUUUGAAGUCGUGCACUAACUUAAC